GCUUUUCAGGAUAGUAGUAGGGAGACCGCAAGAGAAGGAAAACCAUCACGAACUUAUUCACGAAUACCAAGCCGAGUCUUGCAGCUGUUAUUGUUUCACCUCUGUUUUUUUCCCCCGCCAUGAAAGCCAUCAGUCCCGUCCGCUCGGUGAGGAGCUGCUACAAGGCCGUGUGCUGUAUUUCGGAGCAGAGUCUCGCCAUCACCCGGAAUAAACACUCGUGUCUGGAGGAGCCUGUGGGCGCCCUGUGCGACAUGAACGACUGCUACUCAAAGCUGAAGGAGCUGGUCCCGAGCAUCCCGCAGAACGAGUCGGUCAGCCAGGUGGAGAUCCUGCAACACGUUAUUGACUACAUCUUCGACCUGCAGAUCGCGCUGGAGGCGGAGGACACAGCCGCGCCGGAGAUGGUUUUGUCAAUAAAGACUGCGGAUCUUACUUGCAAUUUCUCCAAAGAAGAAGGGCGGUUGUGCCACUAGGAUGAGGAUGAAAUAUUAUGGUGCAGGGAAACACAUGUCUCCACUUCACUCCGGGCAAGAGGACAAGAGGGGCAGAAAGGGUGGGAUAGGUAUUUGGGAGAGAAGGAGAAGGAGGAGGAGGGAGGUGGAGAGUUUAAAGAAAGAAAAGACAAGAAAAAAGUGGACUGUUUCCUAGAUGAGCAGGGAUCAACAGUAGUGCAUGAGAAAGAAAAACAGACUCAUUCUUUGGCUCCUGGACAGACAAAUCAACACACCAAAGCAGAAGCCAGGAUUGGAAACUGAAAGCGACCGGCUAUAUAUGCCCUCCCCCAGAAACCUGGGAUCCCCUAGAAAUAGAAAUAUUGGUACAUUGUUCUUUUAUUUUCUUUGCAUGUAUGUGUGUGUUGCAUUCCAAGCAAACCUUUUUUGGGUUGAACUCCACAACCUGAACCCUUUCCACACAAAGUCUUACAUCAUCUCACUUAAUUAUCCCAGUAUCCCACCCAACCCCCCCUCAAUCUGAUUUCUAAUGAUCUGGAGACUUUUAACAGCUCCAUACAAAUGUGUACAUAUCUGCUGUGGGUAUGUAAGGUGUGAGUCAAUUUGGAUGUUGGUAAUUUUUCUGAAUGGGAGUUUGGGGUUUUUGUAGGUAUAAUCAGAACUCUAUACUAGAGUUAAUUGUGAAUGUUUGUAGGGAUUGUGUUAUUUCUACAGACAAUGUGCCGUGAGUUUCAUAAACUCUUUAUUACGAAGUUCGCUUUGUAUGUAAGUAUGUAUGUCCUUAUGUAAUGAAAUAAAAAAAUAUGUGAAACA